UCAAUUUUCUACAUUAGUAGUAUCUUUGCUUUUGCCUCAAGUUUUCUUGCUGAUACUGCUAUUAACAAUUGUUAAAAAACAAUUCAAUUUAAAACUCAACGACAGACGAAAAAGGAAAGCAACCAAGCCUCGACCAUGUCGAUCACAGGGGUUGAAAAAAUCCCUUUUUCUUGGAAACUUCAAUGGUUCACUUGAUUGCACGUGGGCCGAUGUCAGUGAGUCUCAAUGGUCUUUGAAAUUUUAGUGGGGAACUGGCUUCGAAUCCGGUGGUCCUCUCCCCACUUCUUAUUGUAUGACUGCAACUUCAAAGGCAAGGAUCAAGUUUUUUUUUCUAAAUGUAAAGGUCAAGCUUCCUUUUUGGCGGCUACUGUCUUUUUACGAUGGUAACAGUUCAAGCACUUGAACGGCUGAUGGGUGAGAGAUUCUAUGAACGUUCGUACUGAUCUCUAGCACUAUUAGAAGAUCAAGAAAUAAAAAACAAAGGCAAAGAAAAACAAAGACAGAGAACGAGAUAAGGCAAGCAGACUUGGCCAUGUGUUUCAGAUUGGCAAUUCUGCUAACUCUUCUGAUAAACUUUGCAACAGCCGCCGCCGAUGUUGAUUUCAUCUACAAUGGAUUCCGGUCGGCUAAUCUAAGCCUUGAUGGCAUCGCAGAAUUCACUUCCAAUGGAAUCCUAAAGCUAACCAAUGAAACCAGGCAACAAAAAGGUCAUGCUUUCUACCCUCAGCUUGUAAACUUCAAGAACCCAACCAACGGUUCAGUUUUUUCCUUCUCUACCACCUUUGUCUUCGCUAUUGUUUCUGAAUACCCAACUCUCAGCGGUCACGGUAUCGCUUUCGUGAUUACAGCCUCCAGAGGCCUCCUUGGAGCUCUUCCAAGCCAGUAUUUCGGACUUUUCAAUGAGUCCAACAAUGGCAAUGCUACGAAUCAUGUUGUUGCUAUAGAACUCGAUACGAUACAAAAUAACGAGUUUGCUGAUAUCAAUGACAAUCAUGUCGGGAUUGAUAUUAAUGGGAUGAAGUCUGAUACAUCUUUUCCUUCUGGAUAUUAUGAGGAUCAGAGCCAUCAGUUUACAAACCUGACCCUGAUCAGUGGGCAACGGAUGCAAGUUUGGGUCGAAUACCAUGGUUUAGAGAAGAGAACAGAUGUUACUUUAGCUCCAUUUAAUGUUCCUAAACCCAAGACUCCACUUUUAUCUUUGUCUCGUGAUCUUUCUUCAAUUGUUAACAAGGAGAUGUAUGUUGGUUUUUCAUCGUCAACUGGUUCUGUUCUCACAUCUCAUUAUGUUUUGGGUUGGAGCUUUAAGAUUAAUGGUCAGGCGCAAGAGCUUACCUUGUCUCAACUUCCCAAGCUUCCUCGGUCAGGACCAAGGAAAAGAACAAGACUUUUGACAAUCGGGCUGCCUUUGAUUUUAGUGAGUUUGGUUUUGGCAGCGGUUUCAGGUGUAGUUUAUUUCAUAAGAAGGAAGAGAAAGUUUGCUGAAGUUGUUGAGGAUUGGGAGCUUGAGUAUGGGCCUCAUAGAUUCAAGUAUAAAGAUCUAUACAUUGCCACAAAAGGAUUCAAAGACAAGGAGCUAUUAGGUGCUGGUGGAUUUGGUAGGGUCUAUAAGGGAAUUCUACCAACCAAUAAACUUGAGGUUGCAGUAAAAAGAGUCUCACAUGAAUCGAGGCAAGGGAUGAAGGAAUUUGUAGCAGAAAUUGUGAGUAUUGGUCGUCUCCGUCACCGGAAUUUAGUUCAACUCUUGGGAUAUUGCCGGCGUAAAAAUGAGCUACUUUUGGUCUAUGACUACAUGCCUAAUGGAAGUCUAGAUAAGUACUUGUAUGACCAGCCAAAGGUCACCCUAAAUUGGAGACAAAGAUUCAAAGUCAUGAAAGGUGUAGCAUCAGGAUUGUUUUAUUUACAUGAAGAAUGGGAGCAGGUUGUGAUUCACAGAGAUGUUAAGGCUAGCAAUGUUUUGCUAGAUGGUGAACUAAAUGGAAGAUUGGGAGAUUUUGGCCUUGCUAGAUUAUAUGAUCAUGGAACGGAUCCACAAACAACUCAUGUUGUGGGAACUCUUGGUUAUCUUGCUCCAGAGCAUACUCGAACUGGGAAAGCCUCACCAUGUACCGAUGUGUUUGCUUUUGGGGCAUUUUUGCUUGAAGUUGCCUGUGGAAGAAGGCCAAUAGAAGCACAAUCUCAAACAGAAGAUAUAAUUUUGGUUGACUGGGUGUAUUCUUGUUGGUACAAAGGUGAUAUUCUUGAGGCAAAGGAUCCAAAUUUGGGUAUAGAUUAUGUAGCAGAGGAAGUUGAGUUGGUCUUAAAACUUGGAUUGAUCUGCUCUCAGUCAGCUCCUGAAGCAAGGCCAACCAUGCGCCACGUUGUUCAAUUUUUAGAACGAGAUAUUCCUUUUCCAGAAAUAUCAUCACUUAGUCUCUCUUCCAGUGGCCUAACAUUUGCACAUCGAGAAGGCUUUGAUGAUUUUGCCAUGUCAUAUACAUCUCCAAUUUACAAGGGAUUCUCCCAUUCAUCUUCUGUGGCUGAGUCUCUACUUUCAGGAGGUCGAUGAUUGUAAACUUUUCUCAAAGUUUUUAACAAAUAUGAAUGCAUUGUUUCAUAUAGAUGUUAACAGACAAUGAACUUCUUUUUUGCCACUUGGCCAUUGAAAUUAGAAAUUUGAGGCAAAGGUUCAUUCUUUACUUUAUAUUAUUAUACUUCUGCACGUAGUAUUUGUACUUUUGUAUCUUUUUGGGUGUUGAUUUUUCAACCCACCCUAAACAGUAACACUCUUCCUCAUCCAUGGCCGCGUGGCAGGUGAGGGGGUUGCUUGUAAGAAGUCGUGCAAUUGCGAAACGUGAAUUCGACCUGUAUCAACUUGAUUUUAAUACAGUCAAGGAGUCCAAAAUGUCUGCUGUGGAUCCUGAUUUCUAUUUUCAGUAGCUUUCUCAAUACCAAUAAUGAUGUUGUAUUUGUUAAUGCCAUAAAUCCCAUUAAUCGUAUUGGCUGUGCCUUAAAAAAUUGGGUAAUCCAAUCCACAAACGCUAUUAUUGCAAGUUGGGAAGU